CCUAAUACCAGAAAGUUGUGCACUCUUGGAAAGUUGGACCGCGGGCUUCAGGGAGGCAUCUCUGUCUGCUGUCGGACUGGUCUCAGGAAUGCAGCGGGAAGUGAAGGAAGCCUCCGACUAAAGUAGGACGGAGCUCAGUGGGCUGAUGUUGCCGUUUUCUUUUUCUUUUUUUUAAGUCAUUGUUUUCUUGGAGUGAGGGCAUGUUAACCAGGCUGCGCGUAAAAGAAGCGUUUCCGAACUUCAGCGACUUUUAACGGAUUUGCUUAAGAAAGGGCUCGAGAGCUUCACGGCGACUUCAUCCGCGUCAUGGGCUGCAGCAAGGUGAUAUGGGGGGUGGUGGGGGCGGCUGUCGUCAUCACGAUAAUAACAGUCCCAGCAGUUUAUUACAGCAAAUCUAGUGGGACCAAAAGGCCUUUCACCCUUCAAGAUUACUUCAAUGACACCAUUAGAUGGAGAUCCUACAAUGUCUAUUGGAUAUCAGAUAAGGAGUAUUUGCAUAAAAUGAGCGAUGGGAACAUCUUUCUCCACAAUGCUGAAACAAAGGAGGAGUCACUAUAUUUAGCCAAUUCCACCUUUGACCAAGUGGAUGCCACUCAUUACUUGCUGUCAGGUGAUUAUAAAUACGUCGCUUUUGAAAGCAAUUACACAAAGAAAUGGAGACAUUCAUUCACAGCCUCAUAUUCUAUCUAUGACAGGGAGACUUCAACAUUUAUUAAGCCUGCUGAUCUUCCAACUGAAGUGCAGUACUUCACCUGGGCACCAACAGGAAACAAAUACGCCUACGUCUCAGACUUCAACAUUUUUCUCAGAUCCGAUGUCACCGCUGAAGUUAUCCAAGUGACACACAAUGGAAAAGAGAAUGAGAUCCUCAAUGGUGUCCCUGACUGGGUUUAUGAGGAGGAAGUUUUUGCAUCAAAUGCAGCGAUAUGGUGGUCCACAACUGGAAAAUACUUGACUUAUGCAGAGUUUAAUGAUACAGAAGUUCAAAAAGUGGAAUUUAGCUGGUACGGAUCUGGGCAAUAUCCUCAAACUGUGGCUUUUCCAUACCCAAAGGCUGGAUCAGCACUGACCAAGGUGAAACUAAUUGUGGUUGAUACCACAGAUCCAUCCCGCCGCACACAAGUAGUUCCACCUGCUUCUGUUGCUUCUGGCGAUCACCUUUUGUGCUCAGUGACCUGGGUUACAGACCAACGUGUCGCUGUGCAGUGGCUCACAAGAAAACAGAAUCAUGUGGUUGUACAGAUCUAUGACUUUGAUGGAAGUAACUGGAAAGAAAAUCAGAAAUUUGAGCAAACGAGCAAGACCGGCUGGGUCGGCCAUUACGUGCCGUUGCCUCUUUUCUUUGCCGAAGAUGGACUCAGUUUCUACAAAGUGAUGAGCGACACUCAGGGCUACAAACACAUCCAUUAUGUGAAAGAUGGCAAAGCGACACCUAUUACCUCUGGGAAGUGGGAAGUUAUCUACAUAUCCAAAUUAACAAAAGAUGCCAUAUAUUUUGUGAGUACUGAGCAUGGAAGGAACCCCGUACAGAGAAACCUCUACAAGGUUCUGAUUGGAAGCAGCCCUUCGUCCCCUCAGUGUCUCACCUGCGACCUGUACAAGGACAGGUGUCAGUACAACUCAGCUUACCUCAGCUACGACGCUUCUUUCUACCGAAUGGACUGUUACGGCCCUGGAUACCCCCUCUAUGUACUAAUGGACAACAGGGGCGCAGGUGGAGAGCUCGCCGUUCUCGAAGACAACAAGGACCUGCAAAACAUUCUGUCCGAAUUCCAAAUGCCGACAAUGCAGUAUGGCACCUUAAAGGUUGCAGGAUUUGAUCUUUGGUAUGAAAUGAUGCUACCACCAAAUUUCAAGAGGUCUAAGAAGUAUCCUCUCCUUAUCAGUGUCUACGCCGGUCCCUGUAGUCAGAGUGUGAACUAUCGCUUCAAGCUGAACUGGGGCACGUACCUCUCCAGUUCACAUGGGAUCAUCAUCGCCAGCUUUGAUGGAAGGGGAAGCGGUUACCAAGGCGACGAAAUAAUGCACGCAAUCUACAGGCGUCUUGGGACGUUUGAGGUGGAAGAUCAGAUAACAGCCGUGAGGAAAUUCAUUGACAUGGGUUUUAUCGACAAAGACAGAAUAGCCAUAUGGGGCUGGUCAUAUGGUGGUUAUGUGACCUCAAUGGCCCUGGGUGCUGGAACUGGACUCUUCAAGUGUGGGAUUGCAGUGGCCCCAGUAGCCAAGUGGGAUUAUUAUGAUGCAGUGUACACUGAACGCUACAUGGGAAAGCCCACAGAGAAUUCAGACUCUUACAAAAAUUCCACAGUGACUUCCAGAGCCAAAAACUUCAAAACAGUAGAUUAUCUGUUGGUUCAUGGGACAGCGGAUGACAAUGUCCAUUUCCAGCAAUCUGCGCAGAUCUCCAAAGCUCUGGUGGACGAGCAAGUGGACUUUGAGGUUAUGUGGUACACUGACAAUGACCACACGCUCCGAGGAUCAGCCUACCAUCAUAUAUACACCCACAUGAGCCACUUUCUGCAGAAAUGCCUCGUAAAGCCCAAAUAGAUGUCCAGAAUGUGCAUUUAUAGUGAAUAUUAGUACGUUUUAUUUUUAACUUUUGUGUUUUUCAAUUUUACUGAUAUUGUGUCAGGUUGAAUUCAUUUUUAGACAUUUUUUAUGUGCAACAGAUGUUGAAUUGCUCAUAUAAAUAAGAAUUAAUAUUUUAUGUGCAAGUUUAGAACUUUUGUCAAAAUAUGUGAUAUAAAAAAAUGCAUGCAUUUAUAGUUGAAAACACUUUUUUUUUAUUUUGAAUGUGAUGACGUACGGCUGGUGUACUGCACUGCACUGAUUUGUUGUGGGGUGUUGUCCUUUCCAUUGCAGUAAUGUUUUAAUGGAAGUAAAAUAAAGAUUGUUUUGAAAUAUAA